UGGCUCUGCAUAGUUCAAACCAUGUUUUGCAAUUAACAUUUGGUUUACAUGGAGCCCAAGAGUUGACGGUUGGGGCCAUCCUUGUUGCUGGCCAUGAGAAAGCCCUCUUACUCACAGUCUCUCUCGAUUUCCCUGAACUCCUUAGAAAUUUGCUUUUGUCGGUGCAAACUGAGCCCUGCAAGGACUUAACUCUGAGGAGCUGGAGUCUGUUUUUGGAUGAGACUGUCACAUUCUGAACCAUAAACAGAGCAUUUGCAAACCCCCAUAGAGCCCUGCUUACUUUUCAUUGCUCCCCACAAACUCCACUUGCUUUUGAAACUUUUCUUACUGCAUGUGCCAAAGCUGGCUGAGACUACCUAACUCGUUUCUGCCAAAGGAAGUGUCAGUUCAACCUGGAAGGGCAGACUCAAGGCCCCAAGACUUCAGGAUCCUUUAGAACCAAAGAGGUAAUAAUAUCAGGGCAGUAAACAAAAAAUCUUAUUCAUCUUGAGAAACUGAAGCUCAAAUAGGGGGAGGUGAUUUGGUUACCUCCUUGGAAGGGAUUAUUCUGCAUUCUUCUUUUGUUUAAAUAUUUAAAUACCAAAGUCAAGAAUUUUUGGCAUGUGACUUACCGGCAUUUAUGAAUAAGUCAUGAAUUUUGGCUGAAACUCAAAUCUCAGGGUGGGUGGAGUGGUGAGUUGCAGGAUGUCUUUGAGUGUCUCUCCUUUAAAAUAACAGAGAGAGAUGAUCAUGGGAGUCUGCAAGGAAGGAGCCGCCGUAACGUGGAACUAUUAGCUUGAUCACUGACUUGGCAUUCAUGCCUUCUGUCUCAGUUUGGGUAGUGCCAUCAGCCUUCUAGUGGAGACCCUCACCAUCAUAUGUCACAGAUUCAACUUGAAUAACCUCAACAAUCAGUUACUGAUACCAGAUACUUGCUCUAAACUGAAAAAUUGAGAAUGAGACUUUGGGUCUUAACAACUCUAACAGUUCUUAUACAUUCCACAGCAACUAAGUUUAGAAAACCAUCCUGGGGUCUGGAAAAUGAGGCUUUAAUUGCGAGAUGUCCUAGACAAGGAAAAUCUCAAUACCCUGUGGAUUGGUAUUACUCAGGAGCCAACAUAAAUAUUGCCACCCAGAGAGGAAAUCGUGUAUUUGCCUCAGGGGAACACCUUAAAUUUCUCCCAGCCAACGUCGACGAUUCUGGAAUUUAUACUUGCAUUAUUAGAAGUCCUACCUCCAAUAAGACUGGAUAUGUGAAUGUCACUGUAUAUGGAAAACAACCAGAUUGCAAUAUUCCAGAUUAUCUGAUGUAUUCAACAACAUCUGGAUCUGAAAAAAAUUCCAAAAUAUAUUGCCCUACAAUUGGCCUCUACAAUUGGACAGCACCUGUUGAGUGGUUUAAGAAUUGUAAAGCUCUUCAAGGCCCGAGAUACCGCUCACACAAGACAUUUUUGCUAAUUGACAAUGCAACUAGCAAAGAUGCAGGUGAUUAUACAUGUAAAUUUAUGCACAAUGAAAAUGGGGUCACCUACAAUGUGACAGCAACCAGAUCAUUCACAGUUGAAGAUGAACAAGGCUUUUCUCUGUUUCCAGUAAUUAUAGCUCCUCCACACAAUGAAACAAGGGAAGUGGAAAUCGGAAAAAUGGUAAACAUAACUUGCUCUGCCUGCUUUGGGAAAGGCUCUCAGAUCAUGGCUUACGUCCUGUGGCAGGUCAACAGAAGCAAAGUUGAGAACUUUGGUGAAGCAAGAAUUCAAGAGAAGCAAGAGCAAAAUCAAAGUUCUAGCAACGACUUCACUUGUCUGAAAACCGUUUUAAGAAUAGUUGAUGUGAGAGAAGAGGAUUUACUGCUGGAGUACCACUGUCUGGCCCUGAAUUUGCACGGCUUGCGAAGACACAUCAUAAGACUAAGGAGGAAAAACCCCAUUGAUCGUCAAAGCAACUACUACGUACUUGCAGGAUUUAGCAUAUUGUUAAUGCUAAUCAAUGUCCUGGUGAUAUUUUUAAAAGUGUUCUGGAUCGAGGUUAUUCUGCUCUGGAGAGACAUAGCUAGACCUUACAAGACUAGAAAUGAUGGAAAGAUUUAUGAUGCUUAUGUUAUCUAUCCAAGGAACUACAAAAAUAAUCCAGAGGUGGCCAGUUUUGUGGAAUCCUUUGUUCACCAGAUUCUGCCUGAUGUUCUUGAAAAUAAGUGUGGCUAUAACUUGUGCAUUUAUGGGAGAGAUCUGCUACCUGGAGAAGAUGCGGUCACUGCUGUGGAAGCCAACAUACAAAAGAGUAGGCGGCACAUUUUCAUCCUGACUCCUGAGAUCAUGCACAGCAAGGAGUUUGCCUAUGAACAGGAGAUCGCCUUGCACAGCGCCCUCAUCCAGAACGACUCCAAGGUGAUUCUCAUUGAAAUGGAGGCUCCCAGUGGGCCCAAAGGGCUGCAGUUUGGAGAGCUCCAAGAUUCCCUAAAGCAUAUUGUGAAAGUGCAGGGCACCAUCAAGUGGAGGGAAGACCAUGUGGCUAGCAAACAGUCCCUGAAUUCCAAAUUCUGGAAGCAAGUGAGGUACCACAUGCCUGUGGCAAACAAACUUCCUGGAAAAACUUCUGGUUUGGCUUCUCUGAGCACCCAGGGGCAGUAGCGCUUGUUUGAUGUGCUAAUGAACCAAAUUCGGUGACUCCCAGCAACAGCUGGGUGGAUUGCUCCCCAGUACCAGAUACUGGGAAUUGAGGUGUAAGAUGCAGGAAUGUCAAGGGUAUUCAGGUCUCAAGUUUCAUUCAAUAAUUUAUCUUCCGUUUCCCUGAUUCUGGGUGGAUGCAGAAUGCCCGUAAUUUUUUAUCCUGCAUCCCCUUCUGUCCACCCCACAUUUCCUUCCCUCUCUCCCUUGUGGGUCUCUCUCUACUGGCCUGGGAUCUUUUUCACUAUGCUCUUUCCCUUUCUUUCUUUCGCUUGUUCUUUCUAUCCUCUUUCUUCAUCUGUAUUCUACAUUUUGAACAUCAAACUAAAAGUUUAAGGGUUAAAUUUUCAUGAAAUCUUGAAGAACACUCAGAUUCUCUCAAGUGGAUCUUAUUCCCAACAUGUCAGAAUUUAUUGUAUUUGAUUGGAUUGGAGGCAAGCAUUAUCAUCUGGAUAUCGCUGGUUGGAGUUCCUUACCCAGCUGCCAAUAUAAUCGAAAAUCUUUUUAGUUCUGAAAUUUCUUUCAUACAUUUUUAUUCUCUUGAGGAGUAUAUAUUUCUCACUAUAAAAGUUGUAGAAGAACAGAAAGUAUGAAAGGAGAAAAUAAUAAAAAUUCAUAAAUCCAUCAUCCUAAGCAUUUUUAAAUUUUAAGCAUUUUGGUAAAUUUGUAUUUUUAAGAAAUUUUAAUUCAUGCUUAAGCAUACUGUUUAUAUAGCUAAGAUUACACAGUGUAUAAUUUUUAUUUUUUCUGCUUAAUAUCAUGAUAAAAGCACUUGUUAUGUCAUUUAAGUUUUAAUAUUUAAAAAUAGUCACGGUGUUCUAGUUCAUGGUUGUGCUACAAAUGACAUGCUCAGCUAGUUAUGGAUGGAUAUUUAAGUUGUUUCCAACUUAAAUAGUCAUAAUUAUAAAUAAUUCUGCAAUGACCAUAUCAGUACAUCUCCAUUUUUUUUGAACUUGAGAAACUUUGUUGUAAUAUCUCUAUGAAAUUAGUAGGGCAUUUUGACAGAACUGUUCUGGGAAAACUGAAGUUAGUUUGCAUAGUCAAAGCCAUGCCCAUCACUUUCGUGAAGGAGUUCAUGGAGCUCUCAUGGGCCACAGAGCCCAUCAGUGGAUCCCGGGCUAAGGCAGGGUGUUCCCUCAGCCUGGGAGUCCUGUCAGAGCACACAUUUUGCAAGUGGAUAGAGAUUCUCCCCUCAGCUGAGCUGCUUGAUAAAGUAUAUAAUUUCAUAUUUAACUGCAAAAGAGAAUUUCACUCCCACCAGACCCUUGACAGGGAGUAUUAUCUUGAAAUAACUGUCUUUCAACGAAUACUUUACAGAAUCUUAUCUGGAAAGUAAUGGUAUUUUUGGAAGUUUGCCUAAAGGAUCUGUAGUUACCCAUCCAUCCAUGCACCCUAUAAUCCCUGGCUUAAAGUUGCCAGAUAAAAUACAAGACAUCAGUUAAGCUGAAUCCAUAGAAUGAAAUUUCAUCUGAAACUGAUCAGGAAUUAAAAUUUGACUGGGCAUGUUGUAUUUUUAUUUGCUAAAUCUGGUUAUUACUCUGGUAGAUUAUUAUGCUUUUAUUUGGUGACAUCUGAUUUUAUUGAAUUACUAAACAAUUAGCCAAUGAAAAGGACGCAGUAUAGCCGAUUGGUGAGCAUCAUCAAAUUUGGAAUCAACAAGUCAUCCUCUGCUAUCAACCAGCUAUGUGACCAUGAGCAAGUUACUUCUCUAAAACUUAGUUACCCUAGGAAAAAAGGAGAAUAAUCAUACCAAACUCUUCCUAUUUCUGUGCUAAUCAAGUGAAAAAGGAAGAAGAAGGAAAAGUCAAUACAAUGGCCUUAGUUCUAUGCCACUUCACUGUUUCUUGUAAUGUGGAUGAUACCCCAUGUCCUCUCUCGACGAGGGCCUCUAAAGCACAAAUUCUCUCUAGUCUCACUCUCAGGAAUAGAUGUGCUUUUAUUCCUGCUUCCCCACCCACUUAGAAUGACAGAUGUGUUUUUAAUUUAUGACACAGGGAAUUCUGAAACUGAUUUUAUUCCCCUCUUUAUAUUAGCUACUUGAAAGUGUGGACCCAAAUUUGGGAUCUUUGUACAGCAAGCAGCUAGCUAUCAUGGCAAGGCAUAGAAUAAUCUCUUCCCUGGCUCCAUAAUAACUUUGUUUUCAAUUUGUUCUGUAUUUCUGAUUUUGAAAUAUGUUUUGCCAUCUAUAUUAUACGGUCCCUUGCAAGUAUUUAACAUUUAUAUUUUCUGAACGUGUGCUGAGUAUUCUGGAGUGGGGUGGGGAGAGGAAGGGAGAUACACAGGUGAGUAAGGUACACACACUCCUUACUUAUAAGGGGCUAGAGUCCACUGGGGGUUCUUGGAAGGAAACACUUUCAAGAACCCACACAAGGCUGACCUUGGGGGAAAUUCUGACAUUAUUAAACUCACUUCUCCAGCACCCUUCUACCCAAACUUAGAUACCACCUACCAAGUUACCUGAGCUCUCUGGCCUCAGUUUCUGCAACUGAAAAAUAGGAAGAUGGAGAAGAGUGCUGUGGGCUCUCUCAGCUCCUAACAGCCUGUGGUUCCAAGCUACACAAUCACAGAGAGGUCAGGCAUGGCCAGAUGACCUGGCUUCUCAUACCAGCAGCACCACUACCUGCUCUGUUUCUUCUGAACAGUGAGAGUGAUACAUGCUUCACCACAGCACAGUGUGAAUAAAAUGAAUUCAGCCAAAACUUGUUGGGUGUCUACCACAGGGUGGUGAAAAUUCCUGUGAAUUAUAAAAACACAAAGUUAUUUUUAGUUGAGUCAAAUUCACCUACAAUACAAUGUAAAUAUGAAAUAAAUAUUUCCAUCAUCCCAGAAAUUUCCCUCCUGUCAUUUCCCAAACAAUCCCUCUUCUUCAGAGGCCAACAAUGGCCUGAUUCUAUUUCCAAGGAUUAGUGUGGUCAGAACCUGGAAUUCACAUUAAUAAAGUCAGACAGCAUUGUGACUUGCUACUUCCAAACAACAUAACAUUUUUGUGAUUCAUCCAUGUUUGGUGUGUGUCAGUAGUUGUUUCUUUGUGUUAUUGAGUCAUACUCCACCAUUUGGCUGGACAACAGUCUGUUAAACCAUUUCCCUGUUGAUGGACAUAUGGAUUGUUUCCUGCUUUAUAGCUAUUAUGAAUAUGGCCUCUUGUAAACAUGCUUUUCUUUUGGUUCACUAUCUAGGAGUGGUCAUAAGUGUAUAUAUAUAUAUAUAUAUAUAUAUAUAUAUAUAUAUAUAUACACUUUUAAAGAAACUGACAAAUUGUUUUUGCAAACUAAUUGUACCACUUUACAUUCCCUCCAGUUUUGUAUGAGAUUUCUGUUGUUUCAUCUCCUCCCAAUGAUUGGUAUUGGCAUUCUUUUUAUUUUUUAUUUUAGUGGGUGUUAAAUGAAUCUCAGUGUGAUUUUCAUUUGCAGUUUCCUUAUGAUUUAUGAAGUUGAGCUUUUUCCAAGCUCUAUCUGAUUAUUUGUAUGUCAUUUGGUGACAGUAAAAUCUUGCACAUUUUUAGAUUGUGUUGUUUCUUUUCAUAUUGUUGAUGUGUAGAAAUUACUUAUGUAUUCUGGAUACAAGUUCCUUUUCAGAUAGACACAAGAUGAGAAUUUUUCCAGGCUUACCUCUUCAUUCUUAAAUAGUGUCAUUUAAAAAUUUUAAGACAUUCAAUUUAUUAAAUUUUCUUACAUGAUUAGUGUUAUUUGUGUCAUAAGCUUUUUUUUUUUUGCCUACCCCAGGGUCAUAGACAUAUUCUCCUACGUAUUUUUAUGAAAUGUUUAUUAUUUAGCUUUUAUAUUUAGGUCAGUGGUCCACCAUGAGUUAAUAUUUGUAUAUAAAAUGGGGUAAGGGUCAGGGGUCUUUUUUUUCCAUAGAAAUAUUCAGUUGUUCCAGAAACAUUUGUGAAAGAUUUUUCUUUCCCCAUUGAACUGAUAUAGUCAAAAUCAAUAGACUAUUUAUGUGUGGGUAUUCUACCCUCCAUAAUUUUCCAUUUAUAUGCUCAUGCAAAUAUUACAUUGUCAAGACUACUAUUACCUUGUUGUAAACUUUAAAGUUGGCAUAAGUCCAGUAACUUUGUUCUUUUUUUCAAGAUUGUUCUAUUCCAGAUCAUUUGCAUUUUCACAAAAGUUUUAUAAAUAGUUUCUCAAUUUCUUUGAAAAUUCUUCCAGAGAAUUAGAUUGGGAUGGUAUGAAAAACAUAACCUAUAUAUUUCAUAUACUUAGACUCCGUUACUUAGAGUCCAAAAUUGUAUAGACUCUAUAAAAUCUGUAUUUUGUGGAGAAGAAACCUCUUAACAAUGAGUCUUCUAAGCCAUAAACAUGGCAUAUCCCUCCAUUUACUUAGGACUUUCAUUUCUCUCAGCAGUAUUUUGUAGUUUUCAUAGUAGAUAUCUUGUACAUCUUUCAAACGGUUUAUACUUUGGUAUUUGAUUUUUUUAAUGCUGUUUUAAGUGGUAUUUUUAAUAAAUUUCCAUUACUCAUAUACAGAAUUACACUGGAUUUUUGUAUAUCGAUCUUGUAUUCCAUGAUCUUGCUAAACUAACACUGUUUCCAGUAUUUUUUGUAGAUUGCAAAGGGUGAUCUACAAAAAAUUAUAUCCUCUGUCAAAACCAGUAGUUUCGUUUCUUCCUUUCCAAUCUUUAUGUCUUCUAUUUUUAUUUCUUUACUUAUUACAAAUGAUUGUCCUAAGUGAGAGCUGAUACCCUUAUCUUGCUCCCCAUCUUAGGAAAAAGCAGUGUUUCACUAUUAAUUACAAAGUUACCCGUGGGUUUCUUAUAUAUGCCUUUUAUCAGAUUAAGAAUGUUCCUUUCUAUUUUGUUUUCCGAAUGUUAUUACUCAAGAGAGAAUCUUCAGUUCUUGAAUAUGUUGAAUUCAAAAUGUUGAAUUUUGUCAGAUACUUCUUUUAUUAUAUUGAAUGAGAUAAUUGUAUGAAUUUUCUCUUUUAUUAGGUGAUGAAUUAUUUUGACUGGGUAUAAAGAAUGAAAAUCAUUCUCAUUAAACCCUUUUCCUGUCAGCCACGGAUUUCAGGCUUCACUUUUGCUUGAA